CUGCGAGUCCAGGGUGACCUCAUCGGUAAGAUGGCGUCAUCAGCUGCAGCAGCAGCAGCGAGGCUCAGCGGAGCAGCAACCGGCCGGGUUGUGAAGCCGAUAUUCAGCCGGGAUUUAGACGAGGCGAAGCGGCGAGUCCGGGAGCUCUACCGCGCCUGGUACCGUGAGGUUCCGAACGCGGUCUCUGUUUUCCAGUUGGACAUCACGGUGAAGCAGGGAAGGGACAAAGUGAGGGAGCAGUUCCAGAAGAACAGGCUCGUGAUGGACCCCCGAGUCAUCGACAUGCUGGUGAUCAAGGGUAAGAUGGAGCUGGAGGAGACGAUCAACGUGUGGAAGCAGCGGACUCACGUGCUGCGCUACUUCCACGAGACGGAGACGCCCACCCCCCGAGACUUCCUGUCCAAGUUCUACACGGGUCACGACCCCUGAACCCCCCCCCCCCCCCCCACCCCCCGGUGUAGAUACACCCCGAGCUUCUCUCCAUUGCAGACGCACACACACAACUGUGUGUCUCUCUGUGUGUGUCUCUGUGUGUGUUUGUGAACCAAUAAACCAUGGAAACUGGGA